AUGACGUCAGAACACAACAAAAGACGUAAAAAGAAGGCCGCCUCUCCGCCUACUGGACAGGAAGCGCAAGAGACAGCAAGUGUUGUUGUGCGCUCAGUAGGCGAAAAGGGGAAGCCUUCAGUGUGAAGGGUCAAAGGGAAGAGAACAACGCAGACGUAGGAAGGAAGAACGAGAGAAAAAAUGGCGGGGUGGAAAGAUUUUGAAGACGAACUGGCUUUUAGAGAUUUCAAGCGGCUAGCUGAGAUAAACCGCAUGAUGGAGGAACAGGAACUGGAUCGUCAGAAGAUACUGAAAAGAUUCCGUCAUCUGCACCGUUUCAGGCUGAGCUUUGGACGGAAAAUGACGAUUGCACUGGGCGGCCAACAGAGAUGGUACGAGUGCUUAAUGAAGGAGAAAGACGACUGCUUGAAAGCUCUGAAUUUAGCCACCGCCAAAGUAUACCAGACUGCAGACCAGCGAUGCAGCAUCAUCCUUGAGCAGUUGAUCAGCGAGUUCGACCAACAUGUCGUCGAGAUAAAAAAUGCCAAGUCGGAAAUCGAGACGCUGGAGCUAGAGAUCAAGGAAGUGGACACGAAGAUUCAAAAGACCCGCAACAGGAAAUUGGAGGUGAAGGCCAAAGAUGGCAGUUGGCACGCCACGUCUGCCUUGUCGUCCCUGAAGAACCACGAGCGGGCGGCGCACCAGUACGGCACACAGCUGGCCAAGAACCGCCAGCUGGGCGCUACGAUACACCACUUGCAGGUGGAGCACGCCCAGCUAGCCAAGAACCACAGACACCUGGAGAAAGAACUGCAGAAACUUAGCGCUGAUCUUGCAGAAUACAUCAAUGUGGCGACGGAAACGUACAACAAAAAGGACGCCAGCAAGCGGGCCAUCGUCAAGCUGACGGAGAUGAUAGAUCGGACCCAAACUGCAUUUGACACCGAGGUAGAGGGAAUAGACAUCAACAUCGACUUCCUCAAGCGUCUGGAGAACUUCAUGGUGGCGAAGAAUAAGCCCCGGGAGAACGAAUGGUUGGAAAUGAAAAAGAAGCAGAAGGGGCAGGCGACGGCAGCGGAGAAGGAGAACAUCUUCUACGAGACGGCCCUGGCUAAAAUUCGCUCAAAACUGGGAGAAGAAAACAUGGAGAUAAUUAUCAGAACGUUCGUGGAGCUGGCCGAGGAAAACUACAUGCUCUUCAAGAACAUCUCCGAGACAAGGGAGGCGCGCGCAAGCAAUACAGGUGGAGAUUGACGAGCUUAUGGAAAAAAUUCGACUUCUCAACACCUACCUCCAUGAGCACGGGGAUGAGGCGAUUGCAUCACAACAGGAACUGCAGGAGAAGAUUAACACUUGUAGCCUACUGUCUGAGCUAAAGGAGGGCUUCAUCGG